UAUGAAGCCAACCGUCCAGACAACUGGAUCAUUUCAAACCUUUCCAAGAGAGACUGAGAGAGAAAACUGACAGAGCCGUACAAAAUGUAUGUGAAAACGCACGCAAGAAACCUCAACAGGAACAAGAGGUCCUUUAGAGGAGGAGCUGCGCAGAGCAACAUGAUAAAAGCCACCAAAUUGCACAGGAGAUGUUGUUGGGGUUUGUCCACCUCCAAACUCCAACAAGAUGUGCACGAGCUCAAUCAGAUGCUGAGUAGAGAGAAGGACCAAUGCUAUAGAGAGAAGAUGGGGAGGAUGCUCCAGAGUAAAGACUUGGAUAUCACCAAGAAACAACUGAAGAAAGAGAGACAACUCAAAAUGACAUUCAUCAACAGGUGCAAAUAUCUGGAGGGACUCCUGUGUGACAACACAGGAGAGAAUUCUCUCAUGCACUUAGGGAGCACCGACAAAAUAAAGAAGACCUCUAAUGGCUUUGAAGCAAUGCAAGAAGACCCCUUGACCAGCAAUAAGGUCUUAGCAGAUCUCCAGGCAGAGGUGAACAAGAACAAACUACUGCAAGAAGAACUGGACAAGGUCAAAGCUGCUCACCAUGAGAUGGGUGUCAGGUACCAAAAUGACAUGCUAAGUGCCAUGCAGAUGAUGAAGACCCUCAAAUGUGAAAUUCAGUUACAGACGGAGGUUCACUCUGACCUGGUGCAAGACCAUGCUGACUUAACAUGUCUAACACUGGAUAAUACUCUCUGUCACGAGAUGUUAGAGGAGAACAAGGGGCUUCACGCUGAGAUCCAAAGUACCAGGCAGCAGAUAGAGACCCUUCAGUGUGAGCUUCAGAAGAUCCAGACUCACUCUGACAGCAUGUCUCAUGACAAGGAUGCCCUCACAGCUUUAACGGUGGAACACAAAGAACUCACUCAGGAAAUGGCAGAGGUGAAACAGAGCUACGAAAACGACAUGAUCAGUGCCAGGCAAAUGGUGGAAGCCCUUCAGCUUGAGCUUCAAGAACAAAGGCAGACUCACUCUGACGCCCUCACAGCUUUAACGGUGGAACACAAAGCACUCUGUGAGGAAAUGGCAGAGGUGAAACAGAGCUAUGAAAACGACAUGAUCAGUGCCAGGCAAAUGGUGGAAGCCCUUCAGCUUGAGCUUCAAAAACAAAGGCAGGCUCAAGCUGACAAAGUGUCCCAAGACCAGUCUGUCAUCAUGACCUUAAAGGCUGAACACCAUGCCACAUGUCAGAAGAUGGCGCAGGAGAUGGCUGACCUGCAGAAGAGUGCCAUCCAAAAAGAGCAGAUGAUGGUGAAAGAGCUGGAGAGAGUCAACACUCAGCUCGAUGCCCAGAAAGACUACAAGGAGCUCAAAGAGCUGAAGACCACAGGCGUGGGGGUUUUCAGAGCAGCAAUUCUGGAGGAGAGGAACAAAGUCAGCAAACUCCUAGAAUACCUGGAGGAGUACAAAGCACAACACCAGGAGCUGAAUAACAAGUACACAUCUGAAGUACUUAGUUUCCGACAGCAGGCUGAGAACCAGAAGCAGAAGUUUGAAACAGAGAUCAAGUCUUACUCUGACAAGCUGACACAAAGCCAACAGCACGUCUCCCUCCUGAGAGCCGAACAGGACGCCCUACGCCAGCACUGCAAACAGAGGGAGAGCUUCUACCUGAGGAAGCUGAAUGAGUUGGGCUCUCAGCUCUCUGAAGCGCCAACUUAAAACUGAGCCAUGACUUUGGGUUUACUCCGGGCAACUCCGGUUUCCUCCCAAAAAUCACAACAAUAAAAAUAUAAAAUGCAUAUAAAGUUA